GCAGCCGCCGGGAAGCCGGGAAGAUGGGAGGCCAUUACCUGUUUGAUCCCCGUUGGAAAGCUGGCACCGGCCAACUUUUCCCGAUAGCCACCCCAAGAAGUUGCAAGGACUAGUCGGAGGCUUGGAGGGGCCAGGGUGAGGGCGCGCUCCUGGGCACGUUUUCCCCUUCCCCCCUCCCUUUCAAAGCUUGCGCUUGGGGCCUCUCUCCCCCCGCGCUCUCCCUCCGCCCGCCUCCCUCCUCCAGCCCCCUCCACGAAGCACAGACGGGGGGGGGGGGGGGGUUGCCGCCAAACUCCGACCCGAGCCUCUUGGACUUGCACAGUGUCCUGGGGCGCCGGGGCCGAGCGCACGCAGUCGUGAAGCUCUGCCUCCGCCCGCCAGUCUCGCCUUCGAUCUUGGCCCGGGGCUGUGGCGUCGACUGGGACCCAGGCAGCCCGAAGCCCAAGCGGGAGCCGGACCACCGCCGGAGGAGCUCGGACGGCAUGCUGAGCCCCCUCCUUGGCUGAAGCCCGAGUGCGGAGAAAUCCGGAGAAACCCAGACGAGGGCAGGCUAAAGACCCAAAGGCGGAGAAGGCGCGAGACAGAGAGGGCGAGCAGUGCAGGAGGGGGCGGAGGAGGUAAAAGCCAGUGAGGGGCAGCAAAAGAAGUGGUGGUGGUGGGCGUCGUGGCCAUGGCGGCGGCUAUCGCCAGCUCACUGAUCCGGCAGAAAAGACAAGCCCGCGAACGCGAGAAAUCCAACGCCUGCAAGUGUGUCAGCAGCCCCAGCAAAGGCAAGACCAGCUGCGACAAAAACAAGUUAAACGUCUUUUCCCGGGUCAAACUCUUCGGCUCCAAAAAGAGACGCAGAAGGAGACCAGAGCCUCAACUUAAGGGUAUAGUUACCAAACUAUACAGCCGACAAGGCUUCCACUUGCAGCUGCAGGCAGAUGGAACCAUUGAUGGCACAAAAGACGAGGACAGCACUUAUACUCUGUUUAACCUCAUCCCUGUGGGACUUCGAGUGGUGGCUAUUCAAGGAGUUCAAACCAAGCUGUAUUUGGCAAUGAACAGCGAGGGAUACCUGUACACCUCGGAACAUUUCACACCUGAGUGCAAAUUCAAAGAAUCUGUGUUCGAGAAUUAUUACGUGACAUAUUCAUCAAUGAUAUACCGUCAGCAGCAGUCAGGCCGAGGAUGGUAUCUGGGUCUGAACAAAGAAGGAGAGAUCAUGAAAGGGAACCAUGUGAAGAAGAACAAGCCUGCAGCCCACUUUCUGCCCAAACCACUGAAAGUGGCCAUGUACAAGGAGCCGUCACUUCACGAUCUCACGGAGUUCUCCCGAUCUGGAAGCGGAACCCCAACCAAGAGCCGAAGUGUCUCCGGAGUGCUAAACGGAGGCAAAUCCAUGAGCCACAAUGAAUCAACGUAGCCAGUGAGGGCAAAACAAGGGCUCUGUAACAGAACCUUACCUCCAGGUGCUGUUGAAUUCUUCUAGCAGUCCUUCACCCAAAAGUUCAAAUUUGUCAGUGACGUUUACCAAACAAAUGGGCAGAAUUCACUAUUCUAUCUGCCAUUAAACUUUAUCAUCCAAACUAAUGCCCCAUAAUUUAGAUUGAGCUUGUGCAAAGCAAUGCCAAGCAUUAUAGGUGAACUAAAUCUGGGAGAAGGACUGCCCGAUUUUCUCAUGAUCUCACUUAUACUUUGGGGAUGACAAACCACAAUCAUUUCACAGCACUAACGCUGGUAAAAAUUUGCCCUCCAAGCAAGAAAAUUUAAAAGACCACAAUCUCUCUUCAAAAACAAAACAAAAAAAAUUAACAGCUUAAAUGUUUUGUAGGGGCAAACAAAAUUAUGUGAACUGUGUUGUUUUCUUGGCUUAAUGUUUUCUAUCUACGCUUGAUUCAAAUGUAUUCUUUACUUUGGUAUAGUGCCAACUUUCUGAUUUCUGAAAUUCAGUGGUUCUAUUGAUUCUGUGUCACUUAAUCCAAAUCAACCAAAUUCAGGGUUGGAUCUGAAUUGGCAUCUCAGGCUCAAGGUAACAAUGUUCUUGUGAUUUUACCAACAUUUUUUUUUUUAGAUUUGUAGUAUUCUGGUCAAGUUAUUGUGCUGUACUUUGUGCAUAUAAAUUGAGUUGUAUUGUCAAACCCAGUCAGUAAAGAUCACUUUAAAAAAAUCAUUAUCCUCAAGUGUAGAUUUCUCUUAAUUCCAUUUGUGUUAUCAUGUUAAACUAUUGUUGUGGCUUCUUGUGUAAAGACAGGAAUUGUGGAACUGUGAUGUUGUCUUUUGUGUUGUUAAAAUAAGAAAUGUCUUAUCUGUAUGUGUAUGAGUCCUCUUGUCAUUGUAUUUGGCACGUGAAUAUUGUGUACAAGGAAAUAUUAAGACUGGUUACCCCUAAAAAACAUAUACUUAUACAUGCUUCUGGAAAAGUGUUUAAGACUUAGCUAGGUUUCCAUUUAGAUCUUCAUAUCUGUUGCAUGGAAGAAAGUUGGAAUCUUGGCAUAGAGUUGCAUGAUAUGUAAGAUUUUGUGCAUUAAUAAUUGUUAAAACCUGUGUUCCAAAAGUGGACAUAGCAUGUACAGGCAGUUUCUGUCCUGUGCACAAAAACAUUUAAAAAGUUGUUUAAUAUUUGUUGUUGUAUACCCAAAUACGCACCGAAUAAACUCUUUAUAUUCAUUCAAAGAAAAAAAAA